AUGCCCUCCCAAAAAACCUUCAUCACCAGCUCUCACCUCCCACACUCAAUCCCCGUCUCUCCAUGUCAAACACACACCAAUUCCAGAGUUCCUCCAUGGCGUAUCAUCAACGACAUCUCUUUCAAUCAAUCUGUCACGAUUUCAUUUCCUAACCCACUCUAUGAGAUUAUCUGGCCGGAGAUUCAGGAUUUGUUGCCUGAUCCCAAGUAUGCAAAGGUGGUCUUGAAGUUGGAGGAUUUACUGGUGGGGGACGGGUUUGAUAUUUGGAUUAAGAGAGGAAACGUUCUCAUGUUAUCUGAGGGUAAAGCCGGUGUGGAUAGCCUGUUCUCACUAUAUGAUGGAAUUCUUCGCCUCGAACUCUCAAAGGACGACUACGAACGCGCCGGCCUACAAGGGAAACCAGUCAUGUCAGGUGCAAGGAAGCACAUCAAAGCGAGAUUCGCUGUCGAACUCAACCUCCGCUUACCUUCCAUGCUACACGGGAAAAAGGGGUUCGAUCGCAUUUUCUGGGCAGCUAAGAAUGUCCUGAACCAAAGUCUGACAUGGCUGGUUGUUGAUUUGGCUGCUGGGUCAGAUGGUAUGUCCGACAACGACAUUCAUGCCUCUCUGAACAAGCACCACCCGACCAUCAGACCCAUCACGCCAACAUCAUCUCUCCUCCCCGACGUCUUGGUCCCAUCAUCCAUCACUCAACCCCUCGACCUAUCACCACCUCCAACAUCCGCCAAAUCAACCCUCCCUUCCGAAGAGACACAGGAGUCUCUAUAUGAUCUCUUCGAGUACAUCGACAUGUUAUCACUCCGCUCGCCUCGAAUCCUGAAGGACCAUCGUGUCGACCCCUUUAUAAGUCGAUAUGUCGUGCCGGACGAAAUCGAACAUGCUCACCCUGACCCUCACGCUCACGUGCGUCCCGUUCGCGUCAUGACGUGGACGGGCUUGAUUUCUGCGAGAUGGAUCUUGCAGCUUUUCUGUCAUAUCAUUAAACAAUCUCGAUCCAGCAAAGUCGAGCAUCUCUCACACCAGGAUCUGUGGCUUGCAAUGACAGUUACGGCUCAUAAAACUCGGGCUGUGGGACAGAAUGAUGGGUAUACUGUAUUGCUUCAGGGGGAUCAAACGGCGAACCUAAAGCUGCUGGGAGUGGAGGAGAAUGAUCGCACGACGAUUGAAGAUCCCACAGAGGACAAGGAAGAUGUUGUCAUGGGGGAAGGGGACGCUGAUGAGGUUGAAUCUCAGCAGCAGCAGCAAGCUCCACAAUCGUCGCAGGUGAAGCCUAAGAUUGGGUUUCAUCGAUAUCUUGCGGCCGAGUAUAUCGAUACAUGA